AUGUCUUUGUAUGGAUACUACUUACCAAUAGAAGAGCACAGGGAUAGGAUAGUUGAUGUGGUUGGGAGAUCGAAGGUAUGUGUGAUCAAAGGGCCGACUGGAUGUGGCAAGUCAACAUAUAUUCCGUAUUUGCUGUCGUCGGAAGGAGGAAGGAUAGCGAUAGUUGAGCCGCGAAGGAUGGCCGUUAUGUCGCUGUACAGGACACUGUCUGAUGUGAUGGGGAAUGUUGGAUACAAGAUGCGGUUUAGCAAACAUGGACUGAGGAAUGCAAGAACAGUGAUAUAUACCGACGGAAGCUUUCUGAACGAGAUGGACAGACACGAGUUUGACUAUGUGAUUAUUGAUGAGGUGCAUGAGCGAUCGAUCCGAACAGAUGUUGUUCUUGGGCUGAUAAAGAGCAUGCUUGGCAGGAUGAAUGGAAAGAUCAUACUGAUGAGUGCGACUGUUGAUGUGAAGAAGAUAUGCAGGUAUUUUGAUGCAAACGUGCUGGAGAUAUCCGGAACGCCAUAUCCGGUUAGAAUUGAAUAUUUGCAAGAAAGCACAAGCGACUAUUUAGUGGAGGCGUAUUGCAGGAUUAAGAAGAUAGUAAGCGGAUGCCAUGGCACAGAAGAUGCGAAUGGCAGAGAUAUUCUGGUAUUUCUACCUGGCGAAGAGGAUAUCAAUGAGCUGUAUGCGAUGCUGAGAAGGAUUCCUGUUGUGAAGGCCUACAAGGUGUUUUCGGCACUUGGAGACCAUGAGCAGAGCAGGAUAUAUGAGGCGUCGAAGCUGAGGAAGGUUAUUCUAUCAACAAACAUAUGCGAGGUAUCGUUAACAAUACCCGGUGUUGGAUAUGUGAUUGACACAGGGCUUGCGAAAGUGAAGAUCUACGAUGCGAUGAACUAUUUUGGAAUUCAGGCAGUAUCGAAAGAGUCAGCAAACCAAAGAUUGGGAAGAUGCAACAGGACGGGGCCUGGGGUUUGCUACAGGCUAUACACAGAAAGUGCAUAUGAAGAAAUGCCGAAUCAGCAGAUGCCUGAGAUAUGCAGGUCUGAUCUGUCUCAGGUAGUCUUGCAGCUUUUGAGCCAUGGCAAGAGCCCGCUGACGUUUGAGUUUCUAGACUAUCCGACAUGUGAAAACAUUGUGAAUGCAAUUAAGUUUCUUGCUGGCAAGCGAUGCAUUGAAAUUGAUGGGAUAGCGAAUGAAGAUGUUUCUGGAAUAAGGAUGAGAGCCACGGGGUAUGGUAGGACUGUGCUGAGGCAUCCUUUUGAUACACAUCUGGCACACUUCUACCAGCAGACGAUUGAUAAUGGUGUUGGAUAUUUUGGAUCGAUUGUUGUUUCGUUGGCAAGCCAAGAAGGAUACAGCUUUUUGAAGUGCAAGGAUAUUGACUGCAGCAGUGACCUGGAGUUUCUUAUCAAACUGUUUGAGGGAUAUGCUGAUAGCGAAGAUAAGAAGCAAUAUUGUGUGAAGCACGGGGUGUCUGUGAAAUGCAUGGAGGUUGCAAAGCAAACAUUUGGAUCGUUAAGAAGAUGCAAGGAUGGAGACAUCGGCAUGCUUGAGAAGGUUUUUAGCCAUUCGUAUCAGCACAAUACAUGUGAAAGAAUGGGGGAUGGAAGCUACAGACAUGCUAGCAGCGGCGAGAUUGUGUGGAUCCAUCCAGACAGUCGGUUUUUUAAACGUAGAGAUCGGUUUGUUGUGUUUGUGGAUGUUUUCUACACAUCUAAGGCAUAUGCAAGGAUAGUUGGUAGGUAUUUCUCAAACAGCUCAUCUGUGAUCAGAUAG